AUGAACGACUCGGCCCCAGUGGCGCUGACAGUGAACACUACAGCUGUACUCAAGCCCGCGAUCGAGACCAUGUCGUCAUCUUCAUCGGCAUCGCUCCGAUUGCUCGACCUCGUCUUGCCCGCGCUGUUGCUCCUCCUCUCGCUCGUCCUACGCGUGCUCUACACCGACACACGACCCAAGAGUCUAGGUGCCCACUUGUACAGAGCCAGGACGGCGCAUGCUCGCUACCUCCCCUCCCCCGCCGGCCAUCGCUUCUCAUAUCCCGUCCUCUUUCUUGGCCUCGAUCUGGACCAACUCGAGCACCCGGAACGACCCUUGGAUCAGGGCAGAUGGUUCCGGUACGACUCAAAGCGAUGGAGCUGUAUGGCCAUCCGACCGAAGGUGUACCUCGAACCACCGAGUGUGGGAGGGAGCGCGCUCGAGCAGGGCCAGUCAGCGGUCGACGAUCACACGCCGAUCAAGACCAAACUGCUGCGUCACAUCCAGCAAAGAGGGAUACCCGUCGAUCUGGUCGACAAGACAUACACGGUCACGAUGCCGGCCUUUAUGGGAAUGCAGGACAUCAACCCGCUCUCGAUCCACUACGUCUAUUCGCUGCUCAACUCGGAAGGAAAGCCUCGACGGGAACGGCAGCUCAACGUCGUCGUGCUCGAGGUGUCCAACACUUUUGGCGAAAAGCACCUCUACAUUCGCCAAUGCGGUGUGGACGAGGAUGAACGUGUCGCUUCUGGGUCAGUUCAUUCACGCCAUGCGCUGGCGACUAGAACCCUCUGACUUACCCACGCCCAAACCCUUUCCCCCCUCCUAGCUUUGACCAUCAAUGGACGUUCCCUCGAGCAUUCCACGUCUCGCCCUUCAACGACCGCACGGGCCACUAUCGCGUAUCCCUCUCGGACCCUCUCGCCAGACCCAACCCUUCCACUCCAUCCUCAUCUUCGUGCCUGCCCUCGCAUGCCCACCUCAACCUCAAGAUCGUCUUCCUGACCCCUUCGUUCGAGAAAAAGUUCUUUGCUGACCUCUCAGGCCCCGGCGAACCUUUAUCACCGUCGUCAAUCCUCUCGGCUUUACUCAAGUGGCCUUUGACGUUGUUUUUGACAACGCCACGGAUUCUGUACCAGGCGAUGCUGUUGCAUUAUCGGCAUCGGCUGGACGUGUUCCCCCGACCGGAGCCGUUCGUUCAGAGCUCGAUUGAGGAGGCGGGAAAUGUAAGGCUCGUUAACCCCGUUCAACAGGGAGCCUUGCCUGCAAACUUACAAUGGCAGGAGGAGAAGGCGUUCGAAGCCAGGUGUCGAGGCAAAGUCGUCGCGUUCUUGGAACGACGGGUGGCGGGGAUGACUGCCUCGGGUGAACGGAAGGUGCGGAUCGUCAUUCGCCCCGGCAACACGUCAAGACCAACCACAACAAUUCCUUACAACUCGGAGCUUCCUGCUCUGGGCGAUAAAAUCGACAUCGACACCGUCGUCAUCAACUACGUCUCGAACCAAUUCUGGACGGACCUUUACACGUCCCCUUCGAUCCACCUCGCUCUUGAACUCGGAUCGAAAAUCGAACAAAGGUGGUCGACGAAUAACGACGACUUAUUCCUUGAGGUGGUCAAACCUCUCUCGAAUCAUCUUGCCAAUCCAUCACGUACAACGAAGUACAUUCGCUCGCUCCGGAUCAGGCAAAUGAACUGGUCCAGAUCCUUCUCAUCCACUUACCGUCACACACCUCCCGACUCUACGCUCGGCGUUCAUCCCUUGGACGAUGACGCGCCUUCCAUUUCAGACCUCCAAUCGCUCCUCGGACACUUUCUCGUUGUGCGAUUAGGAUACUGGCUUUUUGUCGUCUUUGGAGCAAGAUUCGUUCGAGGCACCGAGCCCUGGGAGGAAUGGGCGAGAUGGGAAAGAAAGUUCGGGGACGUGGAUGAUGGGGGAGGGAAGAGGUGCGAGGUCGAGGACAUGGCUGUGGGAGGUGUGGGGAGUGUACUACGAACGUAA